AAAGGGUGUGUUUGGGGUUUUGCAAUAAAGAAUACAAGAGAAAAAGGAAAAGGAGCAUGUUAUGCUAUGCUACCCUAUCUUAGCGUUAUAGAGAGUCAUCACUAUAUCUUUUCCUUUGUGUGAUUCACUGUGAAAACAAUUACACAAAUGAAAAUACUUUGCUCUCUUCCUCCAACUCUCUCAUACUUUCAGUUCUCUUUGUUCAUGCAAGAUCCAAAGACUGAUUCCAACACAAUAAUAAGAAAGCCGUGGUAUCAACGUGCAAUGGAGGUCACUAGUCUAUGGAAAAUAAUGUCCAAAUCAACAAACAAUACUAAUUCAGCUUUAUGGAAGACAACAUCAAUGCUAUCAAAAUCGCAUCAAGUUCCGACAUCAUCCACCACCAAUAGCAAUAACUACAACAAGAAUAAACUAAGAAAAUGCUCAUCCCUUAAAGUGGCAACCUCGUUUACAAGAGUGUGCCUUUGCGCGCCUAUAUACUCCUACAACGAAGCCUUUAGAGCGGAUCGUGUUGUUGCCCCUAGAAGAAGUUACAGCUAUCCAAGAUCGUCGUCCUCCAAGCCGUUACAUAGCGCUCGAGACCGGAUUUCGCAUAGCGCGAGGAUUAGUACCGACGGAAGGAGGGUGUUUAGGGGUAAAUCAUUAACAGAUGAUGUUCUUAUGAGGAGGUUUGUGAUUGAGGAAGAAGCAAUGAUGCAAGUUAGGAGAAGGAACCAAAUGGAAGUAAUUAGGAGGAGGAGUAUGUUGAGGAGAAAGAAGCUUGGGCCUAGUCCACUUAGUAGAAUGGUUAUGGCACAAGAUCAUUGAUAUUAUUAGAAUUUGGAACACUUGUUUGUUUAGUUCAAUGUUGGUCCAGCCCAACUAUGAUAGUGUCCAAUCCAAUUGGUAAAUUCUUUCUUUCUUUUCUUUAAUUGGCCUUUUUAGUUUCAUUCAA